ACAGAAAGACCGCGGGAGAUAGGGAAGCCUACAACUGCAGCUGAUAAUGUUGGAAUGGCGAUUACGCUGUAGAGUUGCUAAUAGCCCACGUAAUAUUCGUUGGGAGAUCCUCAUACUGUUGCCAUUUCCGAGUGGGGCGGUGCAGUGUGGCGUGCGCUCCAGUGCUGGAUGUGCGAGAGGGUGGGUGAGUUGCAUUGUUAACCUUGCAUUCUUACGCUGGUAGAGGCAUCCAAAUGACGGCAGUACCUCAUCACACGGAGAUCGUGAACGUACAAACGAAAGAUGAUCACCAAACAUGCCUAGACCUGCGAAUCCGGGUAUUUGUCGAGGAGCAAGGCUUUGCUAUGGAAGUCGAGAGAGAUGAGUAUGACAACUUUCCACGGGAAGACGUGAUUCAUCUACUGGCGAGAGAUCGGGAUACGAACGAGCCAUUGGGAACCAUUCGGAUGAUCCGGAAAUCAGCAACAACAGUCAAACUCGGCCGACUCGCCGUCCGCUCCGAUAUCCGCGGCCGAUCCAUCGGGCGUAUCCUCGUUGACGCAGGUGAAGCCGCCUCGAUCAUGGCAUGGGGUCCAGGUACAGAUCAUGAUGGACGGAGAGCACAGCCCGGUAUUAGGGAGAUCGUGGCGAAUAGUCAGGAGGACAAGAGAGGGUUUUAUGAGAAGUGUGGGUAUGUGAUGGAUGAGAAGUUGGGGGUGUUUAAUGAGGAUGGAGGACCGCAUGUGAAGGUUGUGAAGAUGCUGUAG